AUGUCGGCUCUAUCUCAAGUCUGGUGGGUACAAUACCUCUUACUAUUUUGGCUCUCCCUCGAUGUUCUCCUCGCCAUUCAGGUCAGCGGGCCACCUGGCGGUGUUGAUCCCAAGACAGGAGCCCGACCAUUCAGAUAUGAGAUCUCCGACUUUCAACAUUCUGGUGCAGCUUUUGACCUCUACAUCCUUGCGAUGAGCGACUUCCAGGGUGUCAAUCAAUCCGAUCCGCUGUCUUAUUUCCAGAUUUCAGGUAUCCAUGGUUUUCCUCAAGUUGCUUGGGAUGGUGUUUCAGGUGCCGGCACCUACCCAGGGUUUUGUAUGCACGCGGCAACACCCUUUGCAACUUGGCACCGUCCAUAUCUCGCAUUAUUUGAGGUAGCUCUUUGUUCAAAACCGGCGUCCCGGUCAUGGGCCCCAGCUAAUUCGAGACAGCAAGUCUUAUGGACUCAUGCUCAGGGGAUUGCAGAAGCGUAUCCUGAUGAUCAGCGUCCUCGCUAUCGUGCGGCGGCACUGGCCCUACGCAUCCCAUAUUGGGAUUGGGCGAUUCACCCAGAGUUGCCAGAUGUGGUGACGGAACCACUGGUCACGGUCAAUACUCCAGUGGGCACUCGAACAAUAGAAAAUCCACUCUAUCAAUAUGUUUUCCAGUCCGAUGCUGCUGGUAAUGGGUUUCCCUCGACAGAUCCUGUGGGUUUAUUUUCCACCUCACCGAGAAAACGACUGAAUUUGCUCUAG